AUGGCAGCGACGGGCUUGACGGCAUAUCGUCAAGGAAUCCAGACGGUAGUGCGCGGACUGGCAGGACAGCUGCAGGAGCGGAGAACCGCCGGAUCGCCUGCUUCAGGCGAUGAGAUUCGGCAGCUCGUCAAGGAGUCUUUCGAGCGAUGUGGGGCGCUCAAGCGGAGCGAGUUGACGGAGGACAACCGGUCAAAGGCGGACGUCUGCUUCGUCACGGUCGACCGGACGCUGGAGGAGCUCGUUCACGAGACGGUGAGUACUCGCCUGCCACUCCACCCUCUUUGCUGUCUGCUGACAUUAUGCAUACGACAGGCUGUCUAUCCUGCCGACGAAGCCGAACUUGCACACCUGCAAGACGCGCUCGACCUGCUCUUGGCGGCAUACGAAGAGGGCUACACUGAGGAGACGUUGCCCUUGAGCGUCCUUGCCGCGCUCAUGGAGGUCAGGCCCAUCUCGGCAUGCGAGCCUAUCGUCGCUUAUAUCGAGUCGCGAGUCGGACCCUUGACGAAGGGCAUGGAGUACCAGCGAGGCCGCGGUCCGAUCCUUCUCCGCCUGCUCAACGACCUCCUCCGCCGACUUCCCCGCUCCCAAUCGCAGUCCGUCAUCCUCAGCGGCCGCAUUCUCAUGCUCCUCAGUUCCGCCUACCCGCUGGGCGAGAAGAGCGGUGUGAAUCUCAGGGGCAACUUCAAUAUUGGCAAGGGAACGGUGUUUGAGCAGGAGGCGGAGAAGGAGAUGGAGGGCGCGAAGGAGGACGCGAAAAAGGAGGAUGUCAAAAUGGAGGUCGAGGAGGGCGAAGAGGAGGAGUUGCCGAAGGACGCAGAGAACCCAGCGGAGAGCAACCCUUCCCAGUUUUACACCACUUUUUGGUCUCUCCAGCGCGUCUUCAACAAUCCGCCUCUCCUCUUCGCCGCGCCGCCUGCCGCAUCGACAUCCGCCGACGCUGACCCCUUCCGGACGCUCAAGAACGGAUUGCGACAGACGCUCGCCGCUUUCGCCGCUGCGACGAAGAAGGAGAAGGAGCUUGCAGGAUCUGCGAAGGAGGGUGCAGUGAGCGGGAAGGCGAAGGAGAGCGAGGUCGAUGCGGAGGAAGGGUUGGAGGAGUACUUCUUCCCCAAGUUCUUGACGAGCCGCAACCUGCUCGAGCUUGAGCUCGCCGACUCCAACUUCCGCCGCCAAAUCCUCGUCCAAAUGCUCAUCCUCUUCCAGUACCUCCUCAGCCUCACGCCCGCCGAGCGAACCCGCGUACAGUCAUUCCACCCGCUCAACGCCGCCGCGCUCUCGCCCUUCGUCCUGCAGACGGAGAACGAGACUUGGAUUCGCGAGAUGCGGAGCCGGACACUCGAUGAGCUCGAUUCGAUGGACGGCGGUCGACGGUUCCGCAAGGCUGUUCAACUUGUACUCCAGCGCGAACAGAACUGGAUGGACUGGAAGCUUCGCUCCUGCGCACCCUUCACCAAGCCUUCGCUCGACGCCGCCGCCGAGUCGGAGAAGGCUCGCGCCAAGCUCCGCGCUGCGACUCGCAAGACGAAAAAGUUCCCCUACAAGAUGGGAAACCCGAACUUGAACCGGACGUGGCAGCACAACACGACGACUUUGGAUGGCUUCGAGCCGAAUGUCGCGGACGACGAGCUCAACUACAUCUUGCGAGAAUAUCGACUCGAGAAGAACCGCGUCAAGCAGCAAGAGGCUCAGCUUGCUCGCGCCGCACCUAACAGCUCGCAACGCCACGAGAUUGAGGCAACCCUUGAGCAGAAACGGAUUCGCCUGCAAGCUCUGCACUGGCGCGCCAUCCGCGCUGCUUCGACACAGCAUCUCCGCCACUUCUCUUUGAUCGGUGCAGGCGACGUCGAGAAGCUCGAGUCUCUCGUUGACGACGAGCGACGGAGGAAGGAGGAAGAGGAGGAGCGAUUUGCGGAGGUAGACGGCAAGGAUGCGGCGGUGGACGAGGCUACGCCGAAGAAGGAGUACGACAGUGAUUCGAGCGUGCUAGGGUUGCACGAGCGGAAGUCGCCGGAAGUUGCGAAGGGGAAGGAGGUAUCGGAUGUCAAGCCGCAGCAGCAGGAGGCGGGGACGCCUGAGCCGGAGGAUGCGGCGCGGAAGAAUGCUGGAGGUGGGGACGAGCCUGGGACGCCACCGCCAAAGGACGUUACCAUGCCCGGUACACCCGGUACGCCAAAGCGACCUCGUGAAGAGGACGUUGCGAUGCAGGAUGGGGAGGUCGAGGUGAAGCGACAGCGGGUAGAGUAG